UUAAAAAAUAUGUCAAAUUACAAGAACAAAGUUCUAUAAAUGAAGACUCUACUUGUAAAAAUAUAAAAGGUCAGUCUUAUUUUAUUGAUAAUGAACCGUUUAAUGAGGUUUAGUCACUUGGUAAAACGUUAUUCAACAAACAUUUCGACGAAAGUAAUAGAAAAAUUAUCGAACCGUACCAUACUACGAAUAUCUGGAAGUGAAGUUGACGAUUAUGUACAAGGUUUAAUAACGAACGAUAUUAAUCAUUUAAAAUAUGGAGGAUCUAUGUAUACGUUCUUUUUAAAUACGAAAGGUCGCGUAAUGUAUGAUGCGAUCGUUUAUAAAUCGCAUGAAAAUGAUACUUAUUUAAUUGAAUGCGAUUUGAACGAAUCCGAAAAAUUAUUAAAACACCUAAAGAUGUAUAAGCUGAGAAAAAAGGUUGAUGUCGUUAGUUUAAAAGAUGAAUUAGAUGUAUAUGCCAUGUAUGAUCCAACAAAUAUUGCUAUUAAAAAAGAAUCUGUUAUAACAGAUGGUUUAGAGGGGUUAAUAGCUCCAUGCGAUGUUUUAGCAGAGAGUUUUCCUAAAGAAUCAAAAACAAUGACUGUGUUUAGAGAUUUAUAUAUUUAUAGAGACCCCAGAAUGUUUAUGUUGGGCUCCAGAAUAAUUUGUCCUCAACAUAUUGAUAUAAACCAACAGAUUACACAAAUUCAUCCCGUUUCUUUUUCCACUGAGAAAAAUAAUUAUAAAUGGUUUAGAUAUUUAUUAGGAGUUGGGGAAGGCGUUGAGGAUUUACCACCAGGAAAUUGCUUUCCUUUAGAAGCAAAUUGUGACUACUUACAUGGAGUUAGUUUUCAUAAAGGAUGCUAUAUUGGGCAAGAACUUACAGCAAGAACUUAUCAUACUGGAAUUGUUCGAAAAAGACUUAUGCCUUUAUAUUUUACAAAAAUACCAACCGAAGUUAUUAAUAACAGUUAUGAAAAUAUCAUAGUUGACAAUGUAAAUUUGGGAAAAUUGCGAGGUAUUGAGGGUAAUGUUGGUUUGGCACUUUUAAGAAUCUCAAAAUGUUUGGAAAUUGGAGAUAUUUCGAUUGGGGAUGGUCUUUGCUAUACAUCUAAACCAAUUUGGUGGCCGGUUGAGCUUCCUAAAGAAAAAUUGAGCGUACAAAAAAAUGAUUGAUUGUUUAAAUAAAUUACUGUGCUUAUUUUUUGUAUGAUACUAGUCAUGAUAUAUUU